AAUUAAGAGUGCUGUGAGUAGAAUAACAAUUGGCUGUAUAACCUUUAAUCGUAAAGAACUACAUAAUUUUUGUUCGAUGUGCUGGGUCAUAACAACAAGACGAAAACUUACAGACAAUAUUAAUCUAGAUAGAUAAAAGGCGUGAAGUUUUUUUUUAAAAAAUUCUGUGACACAGGUUUUAAAGUGCGGUGCUCUUAACAAUUUACAAAGGUGCGCGAUUUUCAAUUGUUAGUCGUAAACUGCAUCACAGACACCUUAAAAUGGAAAAUUCAAAUAACACAGCAUCAUCAGAAGCAUCUACGCAGGCGACGUUGAAGAUGACGUCCGUGAAGAUAACAGCCGUGGGUGACGGCAUCGUCGGCAAGACCUGCAUGCUCAGCACAUACACCACGGGGGAGUUUCCCAGUGAAUACGUGCCCACAGUAUUUGAGCAUUACGGCCAAAAAAUCACUGUCGAUGACGUAGACUACAAUGUCACAUUAUGGGACACUGCAGGUCAAGAAGAUUACGAAAGACUUCGACCAUUAUCUUACCCUCAUACAAACUGUUUCCUAGUUUGUUUUUCGGUGGAUAAGAAUUUGGCAUCUUACGACAAUGUUGCAAUAAAAUGGGUGCCAGAGGUACGGCAUUUCAGUCCGAAUGUUCCUAUGAUCUUAGUUGCAACAAAAACAGAUUUAAGGGACGACCCUAGCAUAGCAUGUUAUACCCCAGAAGAUGGCAGAAAACUGAAAAGAAAGGUGAAGGCACAAGGCUACAUGGAAUGCUCAGCCCUGAGAUGUCAGGGACUCGACGAAAUCUUCGUGGAGGCCAUUAGGGUUUAUUUAAGAUAUAAGAAUAAAAAGCCCAGGACGAGACAAUGCAUGAUGCUGUAGCGUUUCUAUUUUUGUUAUUUUAAUCAAAUGCAACUUUCUUAUAAAGACCCCUUGUAAAGAAAGCUAUGUGGAACAUCCAAGACAAUGGGAGCGUUCAGCAAACAUAAAGCAUACGCUGAAUAGAUGUAGCCGUGGAAUAGCUUUGACCUUUGACAGUUCGCAACAUUAGCCAACAUCGCGAAGACUAGAGAGGAGGUUAAAUGUCGUCUCUCGCAAAUUUGGUGGGCGUCGAACAUCUGCGCAUUGAAAAAUGUCAACAUAACCUGCCGCAAUCUUGACGUGUAUUUCACUAAGUUUUACCAUGCUUUGUAGGUUUAUCACAUACUUCGUGGUUAAUUAAUAUUAGGUAUCCAAUAUCUCUGCUUGCAACUCGUACGAACAGUCAAAAUUGGAGUUGUUUACAGUCAUGAUGACAGCAACAGACAGAGAUGCCACAUGCGCAGAACUAAAAUUCUCUUUCUGCGCAGUGUACACACGAGAGAGGUGCCCUAUGCGCAACACCUCAAUUAAUUUCAUGCGCAGUGUACUAACUUACUUCAUGCUCGACAUUUGUUACUUCAACGGCACUUUAUGAGUUUAACCUCCUAGAUCUAGUCAAAAUCUGCCACGCAAGCGAUAACUGGUGUCAAAUUGUGAAAGUUUUCCCAUGAAGGACCAUGACUACUAUUCAAGAUAAAAGCGCUCGUCCGCUUUACGUUAUCUGAACGCUCCCAUUGAGACCCAAACACUUGUACUUGCUGCCUUUAAUUUAGCAUAAAUCUAUAAGCUCAAAUUGUUAUAUAUAAGUAUUUAUUCCCAAUUUAUAUUUAAACAGGAGUUUUAAAUACUUUUUCGUAAAUACUACAUUAACACCUACUUUUCCGAAUUGUUCAAUAUGACUGUAGAUUACCACGUAUCAGAUGCACUGUAAGAUAUUACUUUUUACGUGUUAAUUAUGUAAAAAUAUACUCAUCAAAUGUU